UAUCAGGACCUUUGAGCUCGCGACUUUUGUUCACGGAGUACGCGGGGAACUCCGUAGAAAUUACGGCAUUAAACCCAAAGCACUUCGGCCGAAUGACGAAACGCUCGAAGAUCUCGCAGUACGUAGGUCUCAGUAUCGUAAUCACUACGAGGGAACCCAUUUCACUCGUUCUUACUAGGGUAGAACUACGGCGACUUGGUCGGCAAAGCCCUUUGGAGCAUCAAGAUGCUUCGCAAGCUGUCCUCGCAACUCAGCGGCGCUGUCUCCUCCUUAUCGGCGUCUGGUGACAAACUCCCUCCUCAACAUGAUUCGGCAGGCAGAGCUGAAUCCUAUGCCAAGUUUGCAGAGGUCAUGAAUGAAGCGCACAUACCAGCGGACUCAUCGGACUGUGCGGCCUGCGAUCAUCCUUGUACUGUCGGUCCUGAGGAUGGCACGUCGGCCGGGACCAUCGCGGAGAGCGGUCAGAUCUGGGAUGGUAAAUCUUAUCGUGAUUAUGUGAUGGACAAGUAUGGAGAUCUUGGGGAGUUGCCGAAAGGCUUCGAUACGGACUGGGACUCGGAGCUGGCGGGAAGUGGUCAACCUGCGAGGGGUCGUGUUGUAGUCAUCUCUACUGGAAAGAGCAAUUGGGAGAGAGAUCAUACAGUGGGGUCUUUUUCUUUUUUUUUUGACUCCGUGGCAACGCUGAAAUGUGUUCAGGAUGAGAAGGACAGCUUUGCAUACCAACUAGACCAAUACCUUCAGACUCUACCUGCUAACAAGGCUGGUAAAGGACCCAAGAGGACAGUGGACUUCGAUACGCGGCCUCCUCUCGACCAAUUUAUCGCUCCUGUUGCGCCAAUCGCUGAAGCGCAACUUGCACCACCUUCCCUAUACUCUUCCUCAUUGAUAUCACAAGCGGAUGAUCCCGAAGACCAGAGUGUGCUGGUUUUUCCCGACUGGAAAGUCGUUCACGAAGUGGAAAAUACUCGAGAGGGCGCUGAAAGGCUUUAUCAAGACGCCUUGCGAGGCGGUCUCGGGAAAGCCGGCGAGGCUUCGCAGAGCGAGAGUGACAGGGAGGGAGUUGGUAGGAAACGAAGCUGGGUGUUGCCAUAUCGUGCAGUGAUUCUGCUCUGCUCCCAUAAAAGACGAGACAACCGCUGUCACAUCGCCGCACCGCUGCUACGCUCAGCUCUCAUCACCUGCCUGUCAAAGUAUGACAUAACGGUCGACGAGACUGGCUCCUCAUUGUGCGGUCUGAAUGGACCUCCGUUGGAAGAGUUGGAAGGUGACGAAGCCGCAAGAGAAGCAGAGACCCAAAGACGAAUCGAUGAAAUUGAGUCCGUCCACGGAGGUGAAGGCGGAGAAGUGGGUAUUUUCAACAUCAAUCAUCUCGGAGGUCAUAGAUACGCUGGAGUGAUGCUGGUCCUCUUGCCAUCCGGUGCUUUCCUGAGCUACGGUCGAGUCACGCCUCAAGAGAUUCCCAGAGUUGUAGAGGACACGAUACUCAAGGGCAAAAUUGUACCGGGACUGUUGAGGGCGGCAGCGGGCGUGGAGCGGUCGGCGGGUCAGGGUCACUCCUUAUUAAAGUGGUAGAAGCAAAUGCAUCCCGCAUACACAACGAGU